CCAGUAUACCUGUAGUCGUUGCACUGAUCAGUCGAUAGUUUUGUGAUAAAUUAUUUCUCAAGUGAAUUAAAUUAUUAACCAUGGGACGUGAUUCUAGAAAGGUUUCAAGAGAACUUCGGAGUUCUGAAAAAAUUAAUAAGUCGCGUUCAGUCAAAAGAAAGAAUGUUUUUAAUCCGAAAACAGCCGAACGUGAUGAAAGUAUUCAGAGUACAUCUUCUAAAAAAUUAAAACAAAACACUGAAGAUGAUGUACCUGAAGACAGCAGUACUGAAUUUCGAAUAAUAAAUUUUAUUCAGGUAUUCACUGCAAUUUCUGCUCUUAUAAAAUGUAAAAAAUGUGAUGGAAAUGUAGUGUUUCAAACAGCAAGUACACGUGGGCUGGGAUUCAAAAUUGUAGUUGCAUGUAAUAACUGUGGAAAUGAAUAUAUUCCUUCCUGUUCUUUCGUUGGGCAUUCUUAUGAAAUAAACAGACGUUUCAUUUUUGUAAUGAGAAUACUAGGAAUAGGAUACGAAGGAUUGUGCAAGUUUUGCGGCCUGAUGGACAUGCCGUCUUUUUUAGAUAAAUCUACGCAUACAAUUUUACUGAAACAGAUUUUGAAUUGUAGUAAAGCCGUCGCAGAAACCUUCAUGACGAAAGCUGUGAAUGAAGAAAAGCAAGCAAUGCCAACAACUGAAAAUGAAGAUAUAAAUCAUCUAACUGUAUCGGGAGAUGGAACCUGGCAAAAACGGGGAUAUACAUCGUCAUUUGGAGUUUCUUCUAUAAUUGGCUAUUUUACUGGAAAGAUUCUUGACAUAAACAUUAAAAGUGCAUAUUGUAAGCUAUGUGAGUAUUGGAAAAAAAAAACAAAUACUGUUGAGUUCGAGGAAUGGUAUCAAUCGCAUGAAGAUGUGUGUUCUGCUAAUCAUCAAGGGUCUUCUGGGAAAAUGGAGGUGGAUGCGAUGGUCGAAAUGUUUUCGUAUUCUGAAACUAAAUAUGGAGUUAAGUAUGCCAACUAUAUUGGUGAUGGUGACUCCAAGACCUAUUCAGGAAUUAUAAAAUCAGAUCCUUACGAAAAUACAACUGUAAAUAAAAAGGAAUGUAUAGGGCAUGUCCAAAAGCGGAUGGGGAGUCGAUUACGUACGCUGAAGAGUAAACAAAAAGGUCUUGGUGGUCGAGGUAAGCUCACAGGAAAAUUAAUAGACAAACUAACUGUGUACUAUGGUUUAGCAAUACGCCGGCAUUGUGAUUCUAUUGAAAAUAUGAAAUCUGCUAUAAUGGCAACCUUUUAUCACUACGGCUCGAGUGAUGAAAAACCGAAUCAUGAUAUGUGUCCAAAAGGCGAAGAAUCUUGGUGCUCUUACCAGCGCGCUGAAGCAAGAGGAGAGCUUGAUACCUUUUCUCACGAUUAUUCUCCUUUACCUUCUGAUGUUUUAAAAGCUAUCAAGCCUAUAUACGAAGAUCUUAGUAAUGAAAAUUUACUUUCAAGAUGUGUAGGUGGAUUCAAUCAGAAUAAUAAUGAAAGCUUUAACCAACUAGUAUGGAAAAUAUGUCCAAAAACGGUAAAUACUAGUUUUACUAUCGUACAAAUAGCUGCAUACGUUGCUAUGUGUAUAUUUAAUGAGGGUAUAAAUUCAUUAUUAGUCUUGAUGAAUACACUAGGACUUAAUUGUGGGCCUAAUUCUCAUCGGUAUGCAGAAAGAAUGGAUGCUGCACGUAUCAAAGUAGCAGAUAAGCGCGCUAAUGAUAACACCCGAGAAGGUCGAUUGCAACGUAGGCACCAGCAAAUCGAUAUUUUGGAAGCUGCUAUGUCGGCUGAAGAGCUAUUAUAUGGUCCAGGAAUAGAUGACUCAGUAUGAAUCUCCAAGGACUUAUGAUGAUCACCGCAAAGGACUUCGGGAGGAACGGGCUCUACAAAAACAGCGAUAACUUUUUGAAUUAUUAAUUUUUUUUUUUGAAAUUUUCGUGAAGUCAAAUCGAAACGUGUUCUAAUAAAGCUAUGUUUUUAUUUUUGUCAAAUAAAGUAAUUAACUACAAAAAAAAAAUUAUUGAAAAUCAUCAUUUUUUCAUACCCCUGAGUACCCCU